GUCGUAUAUUCGUAUAUAUCUCUUCUUUAAUUAUAACAUACAUGGUAUAUUUGUUUUACUAUUUUCAAUCCUAUUAUCCGCAAUCAACAAAUAUUAAUUGGCGAUCAAGAUAUGGUGAUCAAAAACUGAAAAAUAACAGAUGUUUAAUCGGAGGUCGUUUCCAAUUAGUCCAUUUGUGGAGGAACGAAGAUCAGCCUUUAGAUGAAAAAGGUUGUCCGUAUUAUGCUAGAGAUGGCACAGAUAUAACUUUUCACGAUCGUGAUGAAAUCACUUCUAUUCUCACGGGAUUUAACCAAUCAGUAAGGGCAUUGUUGAUCAACGAUGGCAAAGACCCUACAAAAUGGUUAAAUGAUGUCAACAAUACGUAUAGCAAAGCGAGAGACUAUGAGAGGAAAGCAACGGAAAUGAUCUGUAGUAAGCGGAGAAGUAUAUGUGCGGAGACGUUGAGUGCUUUAGAAACAGACAAACAUAAGUGCCAUAUACCACUGAGACAGUUUAUAAAGUCCUUAGAUGAGCUGAAACAGAUGCAAUUUUAUAGAGAUUUGAAAACUAUAUUACAAGUGUUACCUUCAACAAGGAUUAACACUCUAGGAAUCUCUGUCGAUUAUAUCCCCUCGUUACUGAACUGGAUAGUGAUAUCUAAGAAAUACACAGUGCCCCCUAUCGAGCAUAUCCUAGUGUAUUCUUUAGAUCAUACUAUAUGUAAAAUUAUAUCGACCAAGGGUUUCAAUAUUUUCUGUAUUGUAGUGCCCCCCUCAGAUAUUGUGGAACCCACCACUCUAAACAAGGGCUUCAGCAAAAAGUCCUUAAUGUGGAUGGUCCGACUCCUCAUUUGGAGAAUAUGUAACUAUCUUGGGUAUGACGUGAUAAGUUUUGACACCGAUGCUUUGGCUAUACGUAAUCCGGAGCUGCUUUUUGAUAAAUUCCCGGAUGCUGACAUAAUGGCUGGACAAUCUGGAUUUUAUCCCGCACAUGUGCAAGCGUAUUGGAAGCUGAAAACUUUGAAUAUGGGCACUGUCCUACUAAGAGCUUCGUUGAAUUCAAGUUCAUUUUGGGGCAUCUUGUCAGCGUUCUCCGAAGAACAAACUAACAUCAACAUCAACGAUCAAAAGCUUGUUAAUGAAGUUCUAGUUUGCCUUGGGGUACAUUGGAAUUUCCAUCCACUGUGGUUGACGUACACAAACAUGUCAAAAGAUCAAAUCAUCCGCGAGAAUGAAGAAAUGAUGUUAGGCCGAGAACUUAUCGAAGGGCGUGCAUCCGGGCUCAAUGUCAUUGGCGUUCCUGGACUACUAUUUUGCAGACGAACUUGCUUUUUUGAGCGACUCCCAGAAAUAUUUGUUUGGCAUACGUGUGUAAAGGAAAAACGGGGAGAUAUUUGGGUGUUGAAUAAUAACUGGAAUGAAAUCAUUUCAUAUUUUCCAAACGUUGAUAAAUCAAAAAUUAAAGAUGAUGUUUGGCUGUUGCCAUUGAUAAAUUCAACAGUUUUCGAGAAAUUACCAGCCCCAUGCCCAUCAUGA